AUGAUCAAUCGAAAUAGUAAAAUAAAAUUUAUUGAUAUAAUUGAUGGUAUGCAUACUUGUGGUAUUGAAUUGGAAAGUGUUUCAUAUAAUGAAUGGAAGAUGAAAAUGAAGAGAUUUAAUGAUCAAAAGAAUCCUCUUGAAUCUGUAUCAGAAUUCUUCUCAAAGAGUGCUUUUAGCGAAAGAAGUUUAAUAUCAGCUGAUCAGUUUUAUGGUGCUGUUUGUGCAUUAGAUUUUCCAUCCUUCGAUAAAGAUUAUAUUUGUAAAUGGUUAAGUUUUAUAAUGCAUAAUAUUGUUCGUAAAUAG